AUGGCGAAACGCUUCAAACUGAAGCUCGGAAUCCCUUCGUUUCAAUUGUGUCGCUCUAAGCAGCUUUCCAAUUUCCCAGGGAAUCCAGUUCCCGCCAUUUACCGUCUAUCUCCGGUGAACCCCAGAGCACGAGAUGUCGCCAACCCGUACAUGCCGGAUCCCCCACCCACCACACCCGAAAACCAUUACCUAUCCAGACCCGUUUGCUGUGAAUCCAAAUUCCGCAAAAUGGGCCGUGAAAAGGGCAAGAAAGUAAAACCUGCUGGAGAUCGAAGAAGUGUGACCUCUGUCGUUUCGUCCAGGACCAGGAGGGGUAACUUCCUCAUGGACCAAGAUGAAGAAAGCGAGAGUCUAGUUUCUGGUUUGAACAUCUUCUCCGAUGAAUUUUGUCACGAGGCUGCCCGUGAGAGAGAGAUUGGCAGGCACGUAAUUAGCAGCGCAGAGAAGGCUCCGAAACAAAUAUUUCAACGAUCCGAAAUGACGGGGAGGAAGAAGACGACAAAGACGUCGGCGGCGGGAUCAAUGACGUGGCGUACGGUGGAAGGGAAGGUGAAGGAGAGCUUCACAGUAGUAAAGAAGUCGAAGGAUCCGUACGAGGACUUCAAGAAAUCGAUGCUGGAGAUGAUCAUGGAGAUGGAAAUGUUCGAGACCAGAGACUUGGAGCAACUUUUACAAUGUUUUCUGACGCUCAACUCGCGCCACUAUCAUGGAAUAAUAGCCCGAGCUUUCAUGGAAAUCUGGCAAGAACUGUUCUCGGAACCUUGCGUCGACGACAAGAAAUGUCCCAGGGAUAGGUUUUGA